AUGGCCCGACAACUUGUAGAUACCAUAGAUGGAGGGAACAAUGUGCACAAGAGCACUGAGGAGAAGGAGGCAAAGAUGAUGCCCAAAUGUCAAGCCUGCAUGACUAGGAGUUUGGUGAAAGUGAUUUUAAAAAAUAAGCAACAAAGGAGGAAAAGCAAGUUUGAGGCAAAGUUAUAUAAUAUGACAUUGGAGAGCCAGGCAGAAAUGAUCCUCAAACCAGAUUGGCUGAGGCAGCCAGGGGAAAGUUUAUGGUGCUGGAAAGAAAGCAAGAACAAAGAGACCGACCGUUGUGGACUUCCUAAUCUGGGGGUAGGGAUGGUGUGGGAUAGGAGGAACAAAAACCGGGAAAGAAGUCACUAUGAACAAGACCGUAAUGCACUUAAAAAAAGGGAAUGGGAGCGGAGGAAUCAAGAAGUCCAGCAAGAAGAUGAUCUCUUUUCUUCAGGCUUUGAUCUUUUUGGGGAGCCCUACAAGACAAACAAAGGUGAUGCACUUGCCAACCGAGUCCAGAACACGCUUGGAAACUAUGAUGAAAUGAAGGAUUUGCUAACUAACCAUUCUAAUCAGAAUCAUCUAGUGGGAAUCCCAAAGAAUUCUGUGCCCCAGACUCCCAUCAACAAAAAUGAAUCAAGCUUUUUCCCAGAGCAAAAGAACCGUAUGAUCCCACCUCACCAGGAUAAUACUCAUCCCUCAACACCAAUGCCUCCACCUUCUGUCGUGAUACUGAAUUCAACUCUAAUACACAGCAACAGAAAAUCGAAACCUGAAUGGCCGCGAGAUAGUCAUAACCUUAGCACAAUCUCGGCAAACCAGGCUGCUAGUCAGCCAAACAAGAUGCAGACAUUGACACAGGACCAACCUCAAGCCAGACUGGAAGACUUCUUUGUCUACCCAGCUCAACAGCCCCAGAUUGGAGCAGUUGAAGGUUCAAAUCCAUCUGCCAAGGAAGACAGCAACUCCAAGUCCAGUGGAGAAGAUGCUUUCAAAGAAAUCUUUCAAUCCAACUCGCCAGAAGAGUCUGAAUUUACAGUACAAGCGCCUGGGUCUCCCCUAGUUGCCUCUUCUUUAUUAGCUCCCAGCAGUGGCCUUUCAGUUCAAAACUUCCCACCAGGGCUUUACUGCAAAACAAGCAUGGGGCAGCAAAAGCCAACUGCAUAUGUAAGACCCAUGGAUGGCCAGGACCAGACACCGGACAUCUCUCCAACACUGAAACCUUCAAUUGAAUUCGAGAACAGCUUUGGGAAUCUGUCAUUUGGUACACUCUUGGAUGGAAAACCCAGUGCAGCCAGUUCAAAGACUAAACUGCCAAAGUUCACGAUCCUCCAAACAAGUGAA